AUGGUCAGCAAUGGCGGGCACCUCCACGAAAGCGUUCAGAUAGCCAAAGAUGAAAGUCGCGGCGUGCAUCUCCAAGUUAAAAAGGACUGGAAGGACGGAGUCCCCAAUGACACGCGCAUCAUAAUGACCCCAUUGACUACUACAAUGUCCUUCUUUAAUGUCAUUGAUCACUCGCACAUUGCAGACCACAGCGGCGCGUCAGUCGCCUUCUCAGCCCAUGGUCUUCAUUUCCCACAGGCGUUUAUCGGUGCUGUCGGACAAAAGGAAUCGACGAUAUUCUUCCUCAUUGGUCAGUAUUUACGCGGAACAGAGGGCUUCUGGUACCCGUACAUCCGGACGUUGCCUCAGCCUGGUUCUUUGACGACUCCUCCGUAUUAUGAGGGAGAUGAUCUGCAAUGGUUGGAUGGUACUAGCUUGUUGUCGGCCAGGGAGCAAAGGUUGAGUCUCCUGAAGGAGAAUUACGAAAAGGGUUCAGGCGCGUUACGCCAGGCUGGAUUCGAGGGCGCCGAGGAAUAUACAUGGGACCUCUACCUCUGGGCAGCGUCAUUGUUCAUUUCGCGUGCCUUCUCGGCGAAGGUGUUUUCUGGGGUCUUUCCUGAAAGGGAGCUGUCGGAGGAACAUUUCGCUGUUCUUCUUCCCCUCGUCGAUAUGGGAAACCAUCGUCCGUUGGCCAAGGUGGAGUGGCGGGCUGGCAAGGAAGAUGUUGCCUUUGUCGUCCUGGAGGAUGUGACGGCGGGCCAGGAGAUCAGCAAUAACUACGGGCCCCGGAACAACGAGCAACUGAUGAUGAACUACGGUUUCUGCAUGUCCGGAAACCCUUGCGACCAUCGCAUUGUCAGUCUACGGGCGCCGCCUGGAAGUCCACUUCAGGUCGCAAAGUCCCAUCAGGUGCAGAUGUACCCUGAGCUGGCCGGUGAAACGGAGGAUCACUACUACGUGUUCAACGUCUUCUAUCCUCUGCUGGCUCCUGAUAUGUCAAUGGAACAUUCCAUCUUUUCGCCUGCCUUGCUCGCCGCUGUGUCUGUCCUGGGCGCAAACAACCGAGAACUUGAGACACUGGAGAUCACGAACCAAGGAAUCAAGAUCCCCAACGCUUACGGAAACUCUCGAGCCCUCCUUGCUGCCUUGAGCCAGAUUAUCAUUGAGCUCAUCACGCAUGCCGCGAAGCUGAGAGCUUCGGGAGAAGACCUUCGGACACCGGCCAACCUCAAGCAGAUCCACGCGAAACUCUACCGGGAUAGUCAGAUCAUGAUGUCCGAGACCGCCCUAGUUGUUGCAGCGUGGACCCUGAACCGUGCGCGCCAACACAACUUCACUGGAAGCUGGGAGGAAACCAAGAGGCUCCUUGGGGCGCAUAUGGGCCAAAUUCCUGCGGGCAAGUUCCCGGACGAGGUGUUUUCUCGGCUACAAGUGCGGGUCUUGGAGCGACAGUCGCUACUUAAGACCAAUGGGGAAUUGUUCACUUUGGGAGAACUACCGGCCCUUCUCCCCGCUGAGAUGCAGCAGCCUUGCAAGGCUUGUUUCCAGGAUGUCCUGUCGGUGUCUGAGAAUGACAUUCCCAUGCUGGCUGGAAGCGCUCAGUCGUCGCCCUUUGCUUUCCCGAUGUUCUUUUGUCUGGUAGUGGCAGUCCACAUGGCCAACCAAUCUGCCGCAGAAGGAGUGCAACUACCCUCCAGGGUUUCGAGAUGGGCAAGCUUCCUUCUCGAAAACUACCCACCGCCGCCGAACGACGUGGCCUGGGCAGUUGAGGACGAGGAUGACGAGCACAUGCUGAGCUUGUUUGACGAGGUCCUGGAGAAGAUGCGCACCCAAAAUGCAGGCGUGUUCGCCAACCUGGCCCGGUUUACGGGAGACUGGCAGAAAGACGACUGGUGGCUGUCGCCCAAUUGGUUGCGAUGGGGAUGGAUGAUUGGGGAACAGGAAUGCGUGCAGAUUCCCGAGGAACCGCUGCGGUUGUUGGCGGCGGGACGAGGGGGGCAGGUGAGGUUGUCGACGGGGACUUAUCUGUAUGUUCCGGGGGAGGAGUACUAG